AUGACGUACCUGGACAACGGCGUGGUGUUCGUGGGCUCGCGCUUCGGCGACUCCGCGCUGGUGCGCCUGUCCAGCGCGCGCGAGGACGCGGGGCAGUACGUGCAGCCCAUGGAGAGCUUCACCAGCCUCGCGCCCAUCGUCGACAUGUGCGUCGUGGACCUGGAGCGCCAGGGGCAGAACCAGCUCAUCACCUGCUCGGGUGCAUUCAAAAUGGGUUCAUUAAGGAUUAUCCGCAACGGUAUUGGCAUUCAAGAACAGGCCUCUAUAGAUCUGCCCGGCAUCAAAGGCAUGUGGGCCUUGACCAUGAACACCGCACAGAGCUAUCAUGAUACACUUGUGCUAUCAUUUGUUGGACAGACCAGGGUAUUGACACUAAACGGGGAAGAGGUCGAAGAGACAGACAUAAAAGGCUUCGUAUCAGAUCGUCAGACGUUCUAUACGGGGAACGUGUGCCACAAUCAACUCGUUCAGGUGACGGACGAGGGCAUCCGGCUGAUCGCGCGCGGCGCGUCGGGCUGGGCGCUGGCGGCGGAGUGGCGCGUGGCGGGCGCGCGCGGCCUGUCCGUGGUGGCGUGCGGCGACUCGCGCGUCGUGGCCGCGGCCGGCCCGCGCGUCUACCUCGUGCACAUCCACGACCGCGCGCUCGAGCUCAAAGCCGCGGCCUGUCCGUGGUGGCGUGCGGCGACUCGCGCGUCGUGGCCGCGGCCGAGCCCGCGCGUCUACCUCGUGCACAUUCCACGACCGCGCGCUCGAGCUCAAAGCGUGAGUACCGCACCUAACACUCUACUUGUUCACGCGUGGCUGGGCGGCGCGCGGCCUGUCCGUGGUGGCGUGCGGCGACUCGCGGCGUCGUGGCCGCGGCCGGCCCGCGCGUCUACCCUCGUGCACAUCCACGACCGCGCGCUCGAGCUCAAAGCUACCGCACCUAACACUCUACUUGUUCACGCGUGGCGGGCGCGCGCGGCCUGUCCCGUGGUGGCGUGCGGCGACUCGCGCGUCGUGGCCGCGGCCGGCCCGCGCGUCUACCUCGUGCACAUCCACGACCGCGCGCUCGAGCUCAAAGCGGUGAGUACCGCACCUAACACUCUACUUGUUCACGCGUGGCGGGCGCGCGCGGCCUGUCCGUUGGUGGCGUGCGGCGACUCGCGCGUCGUGGCCGCGGCCGGCCCGCGCGUCUACCUCGUGCACAUCCACGACCGCGCGCUCGAGCUCAAAGCCGUGAGUACCGCACCUAACACUCUACUUGUUCACGCGUGGCGGGCGCGCGCGGCUACUGUCGUGGUGGCGUGCGGCGACUCGCGCGUCGUCGGCCGCGGCCGGCCCGCGCGUCUACCUCGUGCACAUCCACGACCGCGCGCUCGAGCUCAAAGCGUGAGUACCGCACCUAACACUCUACUUGUUUCACGCGUGGCGGGCGGCGCGCGGACCUGUCCGUUGGUGGUUGGCCGUGCGGCGACUCGCGCGUCGUGGCCGCGGCCGGCCCCGCGCGUCUACCUCGUUCACAUCCACGACGCGCGCUCGAGCUCAAAGCCUCAAAGCGUGAGUACCGCACCUAACCACUCUACUUGUUCACGCGUGGCGGGCGCGCGCGGCGUGUCCGGUGGUGGCGUGCGGCGACUCGCGCGUCGUGGCCGCGGCCGGCCCGCGCGUCUACCUCGUGCACAUCCACGACCGCGCGCUCGAGCUUCAAAGCGUGAGUACCGCACACCUAACACUCUACUUGUUCACGCGUGGCGGGGCGCGCGCGGCCUGUCCGUGUUUGGCGUGCGGCGACUCGCGCGUCGUGGCCGCGGCCGGCCCGCGCGUCUACCUCGUGCACAUCCACGACCGCGCGCUCUCGAGCUCAAAGCAGAAGUUUGCAUGGAGGAAGAAGUGGCGUGCCUGGACCUCGGGCCGGGAGAAGAGGACGCGUUGCUCGGUGUCGGACUGUGGACAGAUAUAUCUGUCAAGGUGCUCAAGCUGCCUGACCUCAAACAUAUGCACACUGAGAAGUUAUCUGGUGAGAUAAUCCCGCGCUCGCUGCUGAUCUGCGUGCUGGAGGGCGUGUGCUACCUGCUGUGUGCGCUGGGCGACGGCUCCAUGUUCUACUUCACCGUGGACCCGGUGUCCGGGGUGCUCACCAACAAGAAGAAGGUCACGCUGGGCACGCAACCCACCGUGCUCAGAAGCUUCAGGUCUCUAUCGACAACGAAUAUAUUUGCGUGCUCGGACAGACCCACAGUAAUAUUCUCCUCAAACCACAAGCUCGUAUUCUCCAACGUCAACCUAAAGGAAGUCACACACAUGUGCUCACUUAACGCACAGGCAUAUCCUGACAGUUUGGCGUUGGCGACAGAUAGCACAGUUACAAUAGGCACUAUAGACGAAAUACAGAAGCUACAUAUCAGGACAGUGCCACUGGGAGAAACACCACGAAGAAUUGCCUACCAAGAAGCCACACAGACGUUCUGCGUGAUCACGAUGCGCGUGGACAAGUUGGAGUGGAGCAUGGGCGGCGGCAGCUCGGCCGUGUCGGUGCGCGCGAGCGCGUCCACCGCGGCCGCGUCCAGCAGCAGCGCCACCAGCGCCGCCGCGCCCGCGCCGCACGCGCCCAAGCACGCGCCCAACGCGCUCGACCUCGAGGUGCACAACCUGCUCAUCCUCGACCACCACACCUUCGAAGUAUUACACGCGCUGCAACUGAUGACAAACGAAUUCGCGAUGUCGCUGGUGUCGUGCAAGCUCGGCGACGACCCCAACUACUACUACGCGGUGGGCACGGCCUUCCUCAACCCCGAGGAGUCAGAACCGAAACAGGGCAGGAUUCUUUUAUUCCAUUGGGCAGAAGGCAAGCUGGUGCAAAUAGCCGAGAAAGACAUUAAAGGUGCCUGCUAUCUUUAG